AUGAGUUCGGAAGAAAUACUCGACUCUUUUCGAGCUGCGAUUUCCACAUCGGACAUAGAAAAGGUUAAAUCUCUCCUUUCAGAGGAUAGGUCACUAAUCAACUCCUAUGACAAAGAGGGCUUAUCUCCACUGCAGUUGGCUUGUUUCCGGGGAAACCUUCCGGUCGUUGAGUUUCUUCUCAAAUAUGGCGCAAAUGUAAAUUCUUCUUCUCACAAACAGGGUUAUACUGCCCUAAUGUUUGCUGGUCUUUCAGGAAACAUUGAGGUUGUUGAACUUCUUCUUCAUUAUGGGGCUCGAAUAAAUGAUGUAAACAGUAUCGGUAGGACCGCCUCUCAAAUGGCCGCAUUUGUAGGGAAUCAUAACGUCGUCACUCUUAUUAAUAACUAUCUGGAAAGAGAAGAAAUAGCCGUUUACGUGUCGAAGUCACAAUUAUUGCCUGAACAUGUAUCUACGAUUCACAAACUAGUUUUGCAGCUAAAUAUUUCACCUGUUAAAGUCUUUCUGCUAAUGAACAAUGAGAUCGAAACCUGUAGUCGCUCAGGAGAAAAUUAUGAGAAAUGUAUGUUGACUCAUUGGCGUUGCAUCCAUACUAUUCUUGAAGAUUUAUGCAACAAAUAUUUCACACCUCAUUUAACACAUGAACCAUUAUCCUUAAAACUUCAUUUAUUGGCCUGUUGUAUACGCCGAGCCGGAGAGUAUUACGACAAAGAGCCGAAAAUUACAGAUAUUCAAGAUCGUGCUUCUUCACCAUUGAAACAACUGAUUAGAAAAUUCUUAGUCGGUACAGAGCCCUAUGGUUUGCCGUUAGGUCAAGAGAAAUUCUUACGACAAUCCUUGACUUCGUUCCCCCACCAUCAAUCGACCCUAUGGAGACAUAUUGUCCAACAAAUAUCCCCACUAGAUUUAGGCCGUAUGCCAACAGCGUUCUCUGUUCUUACAAAAACAAUCAACGGUACUAUUAUAUACAAUGCUCGUCCUCUUGAACUGUGCGCAACAUGUGGAGAUGGUCCUGAACUGGGAAAACCAGGAACGUUGAAAGCAUGUCAACAAUGCAAAAUUACUUCUUACUGUUCAGUCUCUUGUCAACGUUUACACUGGUUUACACAUAAGAAAUUUUGUUCAGUCAUUAAAAAACAUAAAAAGGAACUCGAAUUGGCCAAGUGA